GAAAAAAUGGUGUCGGUUAAUCUACGUCACACACAUCACAGUGCGUGCUAAUGUGCGCCGGCGUAGCGCUCGCGCUCACAAGCCAUGGCCGCUAGAGCACCGCAUCACGGCUCGAAGAAGCUCGUUCCUUCCAAUUCUUCACUGUCACCCCGCGCUCUUAUCUCUCUCCUCUGCGCCAUCUCUCUCUACUUCUGCUUCUCUCUCUUCCGGAGGGAUGCGCCGCCGCCGCCACCGUUAUUCCAUCCAGCGGUGGCCAGUGGCAGCUGCAACUACUCGGAAGGGCGAUGGAUCUAUAAUCAAUCAAUCAGAUCUCCACCGCGCUACGACCACACGUGCAAGGAGAUAUUCAAAGGAUGGAAUUGCAUCGCAGGUAACAAAUCGAACGCCGUCGACAUCCUCAGGUGGCGGUGGAAACCUCGCGGCUGCGAUCUGCCGCCGUUUGAUCCGUGGCGAUUCCUCGAGCAAUUCAGAGAUACCAGCAUUGGAUUUGUUGGGGACUCCUUGAAUAGGAACAUGUUUGUUUCUCUCUUUUGUGCAUUGAGAAAAGUUUCUGCCGAGGUGAAAAAGUGGCGGCCUGCUGGAGCUGAUCGUGGUUUUACUUUCCUUAAGUACAACCUAACUAUUGCAUAUCAUCGGACGAAUCUUCUGGCUCGAUAUGGUAGGUGGUCAGGUGGUACCAGUGGUAUACUCGAAUCACUUGGUUAUAAGGAUGGCUAUAGAAUUGAUGUUGAUAUACCAGAUGGGAGUUGGGCUGCCGCUCCACAUUUCCACGACGUACUCAUUUUCAAUACAGGGCACUGGUGGUGGGCUCCUUCAAAGUUUGAUCCUGUGAAAACACCGAUGCUCUUCUUUGAGAAGGGAGUACCUGUAACUCCUCCACUUACACCUAAUGCUGGGCUUGAUAUGGUGUUACGACACAUGGUAUCUUUUGUGGAAAAGAAUGCACGGAAAAAUGCUAUUCUUUUCUUUCGAACGCAAUCACCAAGACAUUUUGAAGGAGGCAAUUGGGACGAAGGUGGCUCUUGUCCUCGCGUACAGCCUCUAGCACCACGAGAAGUCGAACACCUUUUCUCUAUUAAGAACAACGGAACAAAUGUAGAGACACGGCUUGUAAACGAGCAUCUAUACAGGGCCCUUGAAGGUUCAAAAUUUCAAAUAUUGGAGAUAACCCGGAUGAGUGAGUUCAGGGCUGAUGCCCAUCCAUCCGCGGCCGGUGGGAAAAGACACGACGAUUGCAUGCACUGGUGCUUACCGGGACUCACCGACACUUGGAAUGACUUGUUCAUAGCACACUUGAACAGCAUCAAAGUUAGGAAUUGAUCAGUCCGAAUCCUAUUUAUUUAACAUUUUUUUUCUAUUUGGUUUUGAUGAGAUUUGAUUCAAACUUCUCAAGAUUUUAUUCUUUAGGUUUUUAAGAUUUAGGAGCAUGUAAUUAUACGAUCAUAAUAGAAGUAAUCAGCCAUGAAGUUUUAUCGUUAACUAAUAAAUGCAUUAUUGAGCUA